GUGAUGUGUGGCUCAGCUCGCAGGUUCAACAGACCUCUCACUCCUCACUGCUCACAGAGACUCAGCGGAGGCUAAAGGGGGAACGUUUGUGGACUCUUGACAGCGCACAGAGACUGCUAUGACAUCUCGCAGGUGGUUCCACCCCAACAUCACCGGAAUCGAGGCAGAGCAGCUCCUGUUGACCCGGGGCGUCCACGGCAGUUUCCUGGCCCGGCCAAGCAAGAGCAACCCGGGGGAUUUUACCCUCUCUGUCAGGCGCAACGAUGAGGUGACCCACAUUAAGAUCCAGAACUCGGGUGACUACUACGACCUGUACGGAGGCGAGAAGUUCGCCACUCUGGCCGAGCUGGUGCAGUAUUACACCGAACAACAGGAUCUCCUGCGCGAGAGGAACGGCCAUGUCAUCGAGCUCAAAUACCCGCUUAACUGCAAGGACCCCACCUCUGAGAGGUGGUACCACGGGCACCUCUCUGGGCGAGAUGCAGAGAAACUGCUCACAGACAAAGGCAAAGCCGGUAGCUUCCUGGUACGGGAGAGCCAGAGUAAACCGGGCGACUUCGUCCUCUCGGUUCUCACCAACGAGGAGAAACACGACAACGUGGACCGCAAGACCAAGGUCACCCACGUCAUGAUACGCUACCAGGACGGUAAAUACGACGUGGGCGGCGGUGAGAAGUUCGACACCCUGGCUGACCUGGUGGAUCACUACAAGAAGAACCCCAUGGUGGAGAAAAGUGGCAUCGUAGUGCACCUCAAACAGCCACAUAACGCCACGAGGAUAAAUGCAGCCAACAUUGAGAACCGGGUACGAGAGCUCAACAAAGUAGCAGACAACUCUGAGAAACCCAAACAAGGAUUCUGGGAAGAAUUUGAGGUACUUCAGCAGCAAGAGUGCAAACUGCUGUAUCCCCGGAAAGAAGGCCAGAAGCCAGAAAACAAGAGUAAAAACAGAUACAAGAAUAUCCUCCCCUUCGACACAACUCGGGUUGAACUCAGGGAAGCAGAUCCAGAUGUUCCUGGUGCAGACUACAUCAAUGCCAACUACAUCAGAAGUAUGCACGAAGAGGGGCGCCACGUGGAUGAGGGCAAAGUCUUCAUCGCCACCCAAGGGUGCCUACAGAAUACGGUGGUUGACUUCUGGAAGAUGGUGUAUCAGGAGAACACGCACGUCAUCGUCAUGACCACGAAGGAGAUGGAGCGAGGACGGAACAAAUGUGUCCGUUACUGGCCCGACCUCAACGGCACCAAGGAGUUCGGGAAGGUGCUGGUGAGGAACGUGGACGAGCGGCCGGCACAAGACUACAUCCUGAGGAAGCUGGAGGUGACCCGACUGGACCGGAAGGAGCCUCUGAGGUACAUCUGGCACUACCAGUACCUGAGCUGGCCGGACCACGGGGUGCCCAAUGAGCCCGGCGGUGUCCUCUGGUUCCUAGAGGAGGUCAACCGCACCCAGAGUACCAUUCCAGACACUGGACCCAUUGUCGUCCACUGCAGCGCAGGCAUCGGCAGGACGGGCACCAUUAUCGUCGUCGACAUCCUUAUUGACGUUAUUAACCGCCAAGGUCUAGAUUGUGACAUCGACAUCCCUAAGACCAUCCAGAGGGUGCGGCAGCAGAGGUCCGGCAUGGUGCAGACAGAGGCCCAGUAUAAGUUCAUCUACAUGGCUGUGCAGCAGUACAUAGACACGGCUCAGAAGAGACUGGAGGAGGAGCAGAGGAAUAAGACGAAGGAGAGGGAAUAUUCUAAUAUCAAAUAUCCCCAGAUGACCAACUCGAGGUCCAAACCCAGCAUGGCAUCCUCACGCUCUUCUUCUGUGAUGACAAAUGAUGAUUCGUCGAGUGUGUACGAGAACAUAAACUUUAAAAGCCCUCAGACGUCUUUUAGCAGUAACACCAGGAGAUAAAACCACGGCUGUCGACCUCCACAUCUCUCUGUCUGCCUCUCUUUUCAGCAGAGGUGUCGCUUCAUCAGCGCCUGAAAAUCCCUCAUGGAGAGGAGGGAGGGUGUUGCUCUGACUGCAGCCCACAUCAGUGGACCCUGCCUGGGCUGAAGGUGGCGAGCUGAACCCCCCCACCCCCUUUCCCUCUCCUGCUGACGUCCCGCUGGACCUCUCUGUCUGGAGUCAAACCUUACCCUCCAUAGAGGGGAUGACUCUAUAAGCAUAGCACUCUCGCUCAGGGCCCUCCCCACUUUUCUCCCCUCCCCCCAAUCCUCUCCCUCUCUUAACCAGCGCCAAGUGCCUUGUCACAGGAUGUGUCUGUAAUCUAGCCUUCUCCAAACCUGCUGUUACAUCUCUACUGUUACUUUUCCAAAUCCUGGAAAUCCAAGUUGAUGUGUGAAACGACCAGUUUUUCCUCGGGGAUGACGGAUCUUAAACACGGAGUCUGUCCUGGUCUGAACUGAGCAGAGCUGUACAGGACCCAAGAAGAGGUCAAAGCUAAGCUGUUUGUCCGCUCGUCGCCAGAAAUCACUGUGUCUCGCUAUCCCUCUUUCUCUGUCUUUGCUGGCUUUCAUUUGAACUCGAACCCAAGACUGUUUUUUACGGCAUUCUGUCUCCCCAGCUGCGGUGGUUAUUAAUGUGGCCGCUUAGUUAUAGCAAGGACAGUUAUGUAACCUGCAGCAGGCCCCCCCCCCCCCCCCCCCC